CUCCGCGGGGCGAGAGGGUCGGUGGGGGGAGUCGGCGUCUCUCUCCCCCGCGCCAGCUCCCGUACACGGAGCCGCAUUCCUUGGCCCCCCCACCCCCCUCCCUCGGGGCCCCCCGCCCCCCUCGGGAAAAAAAAACCACCUCAAAUCACUCGAACCCGAGGGAGGUUUCCUUGCACCCUCAGGGAGACGAGCUUUGAACGGUCCCCUCUUUCCCUUCUUCCCCCCAAACCCCCGUUCCCUCCCCUGCUCCCACCCCCUUCUCCCGGCGCCGGGUGUAGGUCCCUUUAAGGCGACGGCGCCUUCCUCGGGUCAGACUACCGGCGGCGACGACCACGGGAGCAUGGCGGACACCGACCUGUUUAUGGAAUGUGAGGAGGAGGAGCUGGAGCCAUGGCAGAAGAUCAGUGAUGUCAUUGAGGAUUCUGUAGUAGAAGAUUAUAAUUCCGUGGAUAAAACUACUACAGUUUCUGUGAGCCAGCAGCCAGUCUCGGCUCCAGUACCCAUCGCUGCCCAUGCCUCUGUGGCCGGGCACCUCUCUACGUCCACCACCGUUAGUAGCAGCGGGGCACAGAACAGCGACAGUACAAAGAAGACUCUUGUCACACUAAUUGCCAACAACAAUGCUGGCAAUUCUUUGGUCCAACAAGGCGGCCAGCCGCUCAUCCUCACCCAGAAUCCAGCCCCGGGUCUGGGCACCAUGGUUAGUCAGCCAGUACUGAGGCCUGUCCAGGUCAUGCAGAAUGCCAAUCAUGUGACUAGUGCCCCUGUGGCCUCACAGCCCAUAUUCAUCACGACACAGGGAUUUCCUGUAAGAAAUGUCCGGCCUGUGCAAAAUGCAAUGAAUCAGGUUGGGAUUGUGCUGAACGUACAGCAAGGCCAAACGGUUAGACCAAUUACACUAGUCCCAGCCCCAGGUACCCAGUUUGUUAAACCGACAGUUGGAGUCCCCCAGGUGUUCUCUCAGAUGACCCCAGUGAGGCCAGGCUCCACCAUGCCCGUGAGGCCCACCACCAACACCUUCACCACCGUCAUCCCAGCCACUCUCACCAUUCGAAGCACCGUCCCACAGUCCCAAUCCCAGCAGACCAAGUCCACUCCCAGUACUUCCACCACUCCCACCGCCACACAGCCGACCUCCUUGGGGCAGCUAGCCGUUCAGCCUCCAGGCCAGUCCAACCAGACCCCGAAUCCCAAGCUAGCUCCCUCCUUUCCCUCUCCACCUGCAGUGAGCAUUACCAGCUUUGUCACUGUGAAGCGACCUGGGGUUACAGGUGAAAAUAGCAAUGAAGUGGCCAAACUGGUGAAUACCCUUAACACCAUCCCUUCCCUGGGCCAGAGUCCCGGGCCGAUGGUGGUAUCCAACAACAGCUCUGCCCAUGGCUCUCAGAGAACCAGCGGACCUGAGUCUUCAGUGAAAGUGACCUCUUCCGUCCCCGUGUUUGACCUCCAAGAUGGUGGACGGAAAAUAUGUCCACGGUGUAACGCUCAAUUCCGUGUAACCGAAGCUUUGAGAGGUCACAUGUGUUACUGCUGCCCGGAAAUGGUCGAAUACAAGAAGAAAGGAAAGUCGCUGGAUUCUGAACCCAGUGUCCCGUCAGCAGCAAAGCCCCCGUCCCCUGAGAAAACAGCUCCUGUGGCUUCCACACCCUCUUCUACACCAAUUCCUGCGCUGUCACCACCCACAAAAGUCCCAGAGCCAAAUGAGAAUGUGGGUGACGCUGUCCAGACCAAGCUCAUCAUGCUAGUGGAUGACUUCUACUAUGGACGGGAUGGUGGCAAAGUAGCCCAACUCACCAACUUCCCUAAGGUCGCCACGUCUUUCCGAUGCCCACAUUGUACCAAAAGGCUAAAGAACAACAUUCGGUUCAUGAACCAUAUGAAGCACCACGUAGAACUCGAUCAGCAGAAUGGGGAGGUGGAUGGUCACACUAUCUGCCAGCACUGUUAUCGCCAGUUUUCCACUCCCUUCCAGCUCCAGUGCCACUUGGAAAAUGUCCAUAGUCCCUAUGAAUCAACUACCAAGUGCAAGAUCUGUGAGUGGGCGUUCGAGAGUGAGCCGCUGUUUCUCCAGCAUAUGAAGGACACUCAUAAGCCUGGAGAGAUGCCUUACGUUUGCCAGGUGUGUCAGUACCGCUCGUCACUCUACUCUGAGGUAGAUGUCCAUUUCCGGAUGAUCCACGAGGACACGCGGCACCUGCUCUGCCCCUAUUGCCUGAAGGUCUUCAAAAACGGCAAUGCCUUCCAGCAGCAUUACAUGAGGCACCAGAAGAGGAACGUUUAUCACUGCAACAAAUGCCGGCUGCAGUUUCUCUUCGCCAAGGACAAAAUUGAACACAAGCUUCAGCACCAUAAAACCUUCCGUAAACCCAAACAGCUGGAAGGUUUGAAACCAGGCACCAAGGUGACAAUCCGGGCUUCCCGAGGGCAGCCACGAACUGUCCCCGUCUCCUCCAGUGAUGCACCUGCCAGUGCCUUGCAGGAGGCAGGACCGCUGAGCUCAACAGACCCUCUGCCCGUCUUCCUCUACCCCCCUGUCCAGCGCAGCAUCCAGAAGAGAGCCGUCCGGAAAAUGAGUGUCAUGGGCCGGCAGACGUGUCUGGAGUGCAGCUUUGAGAUCCCGGAUUUCCCGAAUCAUUUCCCAACUUACGUUCACUGCUCUCUGUGUCGCUAUAGCACGUGCUGCUCUCGAGCGUAUGCCAACCACAUGAUCAACAAUCAUGUUCCACGGAAGAGCCCCAAGUAUUUGGCUUUGUUUAAAAAUUCUGUGAGUGGAAUCAAGCUGGCCUGCACUUCCUGUACCUUUGUUACCUCUGUGGGAGAUGCCAUGGCCAAGCAUUUGGUAUUCAACCCCUCGCACAGAUCCAGCAGCAUCCUGCCGCGGGGACUGACUUGGAUAUCUCACUCAAGGCAUGGCCAGAUGCGGGACCGAGUGCAUGACCGGAACUUGAAGAAUGUGUACCCUCCCCCUUCCCUCCCCUCUAACAAAGCUGCCACUGUGAAGUCUGCGGGGGCCGCCCCAGCUGAUCCUGCAGAGCUGCCGCCUCCCGUGGCCCAGGCACUCCCGUCACCAGCUUCCACCGCCACCCCUCCGCCAACCUCCAGCCACCCCCAGCCCUCAGCCCUUCCGCCCUUGGCUGCAGAGGGGGCCGAAUGUCUGAAUGUGGAUGAGCAGGACGAAGGGAGCCCAGCCACCCAGGAUCCUGAGCCCGCCUCGGGGGGCGGGAACAGCGGUGGGAUUGGCAAGAAGGAGCAGCUGUCGGUGAAGAAGCUCCGCGCGGUCCUGUUCGCCCUGUGCUGUAACACCGAGCAGGCGGCCGAACACUUCCGGAACCCGCAGCGGCGCAUCCGCCGUUGGCUCCGGCGCUUCCAGGCCUCCCAGGGGGAGAACCUAGAGGGCAAAUACCUGAGCUUCGAGGCAGAAGAGAAACUGGCUGAGUGGGUGCUGACCCAGCGAGAACAGCAGCUGCCCGUGAAUGAGGAGACCUUGUUCCAGAAGGCCACCAAAAUAGGACGUUCUCUGGAGGGGGGGUUUAAGAUCUCCUACGAGUGGGCCGUGCGCUUCAUGCUGCGGCACCACCUGACCCCCCACGCGCGGCGCGCCGUGGCGCACACGCUGCCGAAGGAUGUGGCGGAGAGUGCGGGACUCUUCAUUGAGUUCGUCCAGCGGCAGAUCCACAACCAGGACCUCCCCUUGGCUAUGAUCGUGGCCAUUGAUGAGAUCUCCUUGUUCCUGGAUACAGAGGUGCUGAGCAGCGACGACCGCAAGGAGAACGCCCUGCAGACGGUGGGCACUGGGGAGCCGUGGUGUGACGUGGUGCUGGCCAUCCUGGCCGACGGCACGGUCCUCCCCACCCUGGUUUGCUACCGCGGACACGUGGACCGGCCUGCUGACAUGCCGGACUCCAUCUUGCUGGAGGCCAAGGAGAGCGGCUACAGUGACGACGAGAUCAUGGAGCUGUGGGCCACCCGCGUGUGGCGGAAGCACACGGCCUGCCAGCGCAGCAAAGGCAUGCUGGUCAUGGACUGCCACCGCAGCCACCUGUCGGAGGAGGUGCUGGCUUUGCUCAGUGCCUCCAGCACUCUCCCCGCCGUGGUCCCAGCAGGCUGCAGCUCCAAAAUCCAGCCCUUAGAUGUGUGCAUCAAACGAACGGUCAAGAACUUCCUGCACAAAAAGUGGAAGGAGCAGGCCCGGGAAAUGGCGGAUAGUGCGUGUGAUUCUGGUGUCCUGCUGCAGCUGGUGCUGGCCUGGCUGGCCGAGGUGCUGGCCGUCAUUGGGGACUGUCCCGAGCUGGUGCAGCGGUCCUUCCUGGUGGCCAGCGUGCUGCCUGGCCCUGAUGGCAACAUGAACUCCCCCACAAGAAAUGCUGACAUGCAGGAGGAGCUAAUCGCCUCCCUGGAGGAGCAGCUGAAGCUGAGUGGGGAACAUUCUGAGGAGCCCUCGGCUUCCACUCCCCGGCCCAGGUCAUCUCCUGAAGAGACAGUUGAGCCUGAGAGCCUUCACCAGCUCUUUGAGGGUGAAAGCGAGACCGAGUCUUUCUACGGCUUUGAAGAAGCUGACCUAGAUCUGAUGGAGAUUUGAGUGUGGGGGUCCAGAGGGGGUGUGGAGUGGGGGUGGGAACGUGUGAGGGAGGGGUGAGGGGUUUAGGGAAAAGGGGGUAUACCAGGUGGGGUAUUUGGUUUAUAUUUUUUAAUUUUAUGCCACCGCUGCCCCUGAUGUUGACUUAUACUUCCCCUGUGGAUUUGUGGAUUAUUAGGAAAACCAAUAGUGAUCACGUCUGAGCCGAGGAGCUGGCCCAUUGGUCAUUCACUUAUGCUAAAAACAGGUUUUUGUGACUUUUUUUAAAAAUUGAAAUCACUGUGUUUGGUAUUUUUCUGACAAAAUCAAGAAAAGGAAAAAAAAAAACUUCGUGGGUGAAUGAUAAAUUUUUUUGUUUCCCCUUUUACCUCAAUUGUAUCAUAGUACAUCUGGGUUUGUUAGUUUGUUUUACUGUGUGGCCAACGGCGGCAUGACGCUAUCCAACCAUUGUCAAUGUGAGAACAUUUCUGAAGAUGGGAAAGAUAAAAUUAUGUAGCUCACAAACUGGUUUAUUAUAUAUGGAUAAAAAACUUUUUUCAUUGUGGUCUUAACACUUUUAUAUAAAAACGAAAAUGGAAAAAAAAAUCCCACUGAACUCUCUCUUCCUUCUCCUUUCUUACCUUCCCUCUCCAGAGAUGUUGGUUUUUACAGCAACUCUAGAUAUAAAAUUGUGGCUUUAAAAAUGCAUGAAACCACCUUGAGUCAUCCAGAAUGAUGAAUAGAUUCUGUUCCCUCACCACCCACCCUCCAACAAAAACACAACAAAAUCAGUAUCCUUUGCACUUGCCAUCCUUGGCCCCUUCGCCCAUUCUCACACCAUCACCCUGGACAAAGCCUCAUACACGAGUCAUUAGCAAGCAAGAGGUACUGAGGUGACCACACGAGUGUUAGGGUGGGAACUGUGCCCAGUGUGGGGUCUUCAUCCUGCAGACCCCCCAGGGGCAGUCCCCGCCUUGUUGGAACUUCCAUCUGUUGAGUGGACAGCGUGCCUGUUCAAGAGACCACAUGUCCUACAGCCAGGAGGAGCUAAUUGUGCAAGAACUUAAGUGUUGAACUUGAAAGACAGACCACUUGUUGAAAUCCUGCUUUUACCCUGUGGCUUUUCCGUUUCUCUUAAUGCUUAGAGAAGAAUCUGACCUGAAGAAGAAACAUACCGGGGUGUGCACAAAGAAAAAGACAGGAAUUUUAUUUUUCACUGCCAGCUUCAAGGAAAAAAAUUUUUUCUACAGUUUGCAUGAGGGAUUUUUUUAAAAAUUGUAUGUACUCAUGGUUAUAAACUAAAAUGUACUAUAACAUAGAGGAAAGGAACAAAAACCAAGUCCACUUUUCCCACAGCUACACCAUUCUUCUGUCCAUCCUGAGGCUUUCGGCAGCGUUGCCUCCUGUGAGCCGAGGAGACAACCUGCAGGCUUGUAAAUGGUUCGUCUUUAGAAUGUACAUAAGUGGAACAUUUAAUAAAAUGAGGGGAUAUGGGUUUAUAAACGAUGUGUUUUGUUUCUUUUUAUUUUCUAGGUAACCCUAUUUUAAUAGGCUUUCACAGACUGGCAAAUGUUCAAGAUGUGAUGGGCCUGGAGGUACAGGUGUGAUGUUUGUUACCACCCGUUUCUUCUCACCCCCAUUUUUUGGUUUGUUUUUUAACCCCCAGAACACUAUAAUAUAGUGAACUGGACUGACCCCUCCCAUAAACAGCUUGGCCAGCUCUGUACAUCUGAAAACUGAACUGAGGAUCUUUCUGGGUUUCCCUUCCCCAGCUUUUCGCCUGAUGCCACUGACAGAAUAUGGACUUUCAAGUCAACCCUUUGCCUUUCACAAAGAUCAAGAACUAUGGUCAACUCCGUCUACAGCGACCUAAUCCUCCCCUCUGGUAGUCUCUGCAGCAGCCCCAGCAUUAGAGCUGGGUUCCUGGCCUCUGCACACUAGGACUUCUCAAUGGGUAAUUUUUUUAAGACCAUAAUACCAACAGUGGGUCAGCUGGGUUUUGGCCAGGAAGUUACCUUUGUGGAUUCCGCCUGCAUGGCUUAGUAAUAGAAGGAAGUUUUUUUUGUUUUUUUUUAUAAUUCAGUUUAAUCAAUAAACAAGUAUUUAUUGACU